CCUCCGACCAGUAGAGCAACUAAACCCCUCCGUUCCGCUCCCAGCCUCAGGAUAACACUAGCAGCAGCAGAAGCCCGCCGCCGCGGGCCAAGGAAUGGAAGCCGCGGCAGCAGCCAUGGCGGCGCUCCCAGCGCCUCCCUGCACUUCCUCCUCUCCUCCGUCCGUAUUCCUCACCCCCAGCUCAUCCGCUGACCGGAGGAAGGCGCCAAGGGCGGUGGCCGUCCGUGCAUCUGCGGCUACAGCGGCCGCGGCCCGACGGUCGCUCUCUGCUGGGUGGGAUCCGUCCGGGCGUUCAGCAGCCAGGCCGGCGGCCAGAAAGGCGCGACUCGAGGAGCUCGACACAACCAACAUGCUCCUCCGCCAGCGCAUCGUCUUCCUCGGCUCCCCGGUGGAUGAUACAAGUGCUGAUCUUAUUAUCAGCCAGCUCCUACUGUUGGAUGCAGAGGACCAAACUAAAGACAUUAAAUUGUUUAUCAACUCACCUGGAGGUUCCAUAACAGCAGGUAUGGGAGUAUAUGAUGCUAUGAAAUUUUGCAAGGCUGACGUCUCAACUGUUUGCUUUGGAUUGGCGGCUUCCAUGGGUGCAUUUUUACUUGCUGCUGGGACAAAGGGUAAGAGAUAUUGCAUGCCAAAUGCGAGGAUUAUGAUCCAUCAGCCAUCAGGUGGUGCUGGUGGGAAAGUCACAGAGAUGGGACUGCAGAUAAGAGAGAUGAUGUACGAGAAGAUUAAGAUCAAUAAAAUAUUGUCGAGAAUUACUGGAAAACCUGAAGAGCAGAUUGAUGAGGACACGAAGUUUGACUAUUUCAUGAGUCCUUGGGAAGCCAAGGAUUAUGGGAUAGUCGAUAGCAUUAUAGAUGAGGGAAAACCAGGGUUGGUGGCUCCCUUUGCAGGAGCUGUGCCACCUCCAAAAUCACGUGUGUGGUACUUGUGGAAGGCUUCAGGGCCGACUAGGAAGAUCAUGAAGGAUCUGCCUUCGGAGGAGAAACUUAUUCUCAAUGGUAAUGGUAGUGCAACUGGAGAUGACGGUAAGCUCAAGGAGGCCUCGGCAACUUGAAGCCUGCCUUAGCUUGCAAUUCAACGGAAGAUGGCUUUGCUAUGGCCGAAGGUGAUAGUAGGAUGAUGGAUACAAAAUAGAGGCUACUGCUCUACCUGUAUGCCAGAUCAUUGCUUGAUUACAUAUUAUGGACAACGUGUUAGUUGGUAGAGUAGAGAAAGGCUGUUUGUGGAGAUGAAAUGCAAAGAAAUGUUUUGUAUGCUGCAUUGUUUCUUGUUCUUUCCUUGCGAUGCACCAUUAGUUCAAAACACCAAGAUUUGCUUUCACAUUGUAUGCUGCCUGUUUCUUGUUCUUUCCUUGCGAUGCACCAUUAGUUCAAAACA